AUGGCGACUGAAUCUCCGAAGAAUUCCAAGCGGAAGGCCUCCGAAGAGGCAGCUUCCCCAGAUUCCCAACAACAGGCCAGUAAGAAAGCGCGCACAGAUUCCCCAGAGAAAGAAGAUGAGAAACCAGCCGUUAAACCACCCCUGCGAAUCGUGCCUUUCCCGGAAAAGCCCGCUGUCCUCGAAGAGCGUAGAGGUGAUAUUGAGUUCAGAGUGGUAAACAAUGAUGGAUCACAUGACAGCUUUAUAGUCCUCACAGGGCUCAAGUGUAUCUUCCAAAAACAGCUGCCGAAGAUGCCUAAGGACUAUAUUGCGCGUCUAGUUUACGAUCGAGCACAUCUAUCCAUCGCAAUUGUUAAGCACCCCUGGAAGUCGUCGGGUAUAGGAAUUACGUAUCGUCCAUUCAACAGCCGCAAGUUCGCAGAGAUUGUUUUCUGUGCCAUUUCAUCUGACCAGCAAGUAAAGGGGUAUGGUGCACACCUGAUGUCACAUCUCAAGGAUUAUGUGAAAGCCACGUCUCCGAUCAUGCAUUUUCUCACCUAUGCUGACAACUAUGCCAUUGGGUAUUUCAAAAAACAAGGUUUUACCAAGGAAAUUACCCUCGAGCGCGCGAUAUGGAUGGGUUACAUCAAAGAUUAUGAAGGUGGAACGAUUAUGCAAUGCACCAUGCUACCUAAAAUUCGAUACCUUGAAAUGGGGCGGAUGCUGCUCAAACAAAAGGAGGCGGUGCAGGCCAAAAUCCGUGCUUUCAGCAAAUCUCACAUCAUCCAUCCCCGCCAAAAGAGGUGGUCCCUCGACAUGGAUGCUAUGGCACGGCAACCACGCCAUGGUCCAAACUACAACCAGCUGCUUCACCUUCUGAACGACAUGCAGAAUCACAGUGCUGCCUGGCCGUUUACCCAGCCUGUCAACCGCGACGAAGUGCCCGACUAUUAUGAGGUGAUCUUGGAGCCCAUGGACUUGUCCACUAUGGAAGAAAAACACGAGCAAGACAUGUACCCCACUCCCCAGGACUUCAUCAAGGAUGCCACGUUGAUCUUCGACAACUGCCGACGCUACAAUAAUGAGACUACACCUUACGCCAAGUGUGCUAACAAACUCGAGAAAUUCAUGUACCAGCAAAUCCGCAACAUUCCCGAGUGCAUCUUGCGGACGGUCAUUGAGCUUUCGGGUGGUGUAUCACAGGAGUUUAGGUGGCAUGGCGUUUUCAACCCGGAUUAG